AUGGGGUUUAAAAUUGCUAUGGUUUGUGAUUUUUUCUACCCUCAAUUAGGAGGUGUAGAAUUUCACAUAUAUCAUUUAGCACAAAACCUGAUAUCCCAAGGCCAUUCCGUCGUAAUAAUCACCCAUCAAUACAAGGAUAGAAUUGGUGUGAGAUACUUAACCAAUGGAUUAAAAGUCUACCAUGUUCCAUUUUGGGUUAUGUGUAAAGAAACAACUUUCUCCACUGUGUUUUCAACAUUUCCCAUAAUUAGGAAUAUUUUAAUUCGAGAACAAAUCCAAAUUAUUCAUUCGCAUGGUGCAGUAUCUACAUUAGGUCAUGAAGCUGUCUUCCAUGGGAAUACUAUGGGGUACCCGACUGUUUUCACUGACCAUUCUUUAUAUGCAUUUGACACUACAGGUGCCAUUUUAGCAAAUAAGAUUCUAACGUUUACACUCACCAAUGUCGACAGAGUUAUUUGUGUUUCUAACAGUUUAAAGGAGAACAUGAUACUAAGAGCCUCUUUAGAACCAGAACGUAUUUCAGUUAUACCGAAUGCGGUUGUAGCAAAGGAUUUUGAACCAAUUCCGCAUGAAAUGAAACUUACAAGAGAGAAAAAAAGCAUUACAAUUGUUGUUAUAGGUAGAAUGGUCGGGAAUAAAGGUGCAGAUUUGUUAACACGUCUUAUCCCAUUGAUUUGUUCUCGAGAUGAUAGAGUUAAUUUUAUUAUUGCUGGUGAUGGUCCUAAAUUCAUUGAUUUCCAACAGAUGAUAGAAGCAAAUAGAUUAGAAGAAAGAGUUCAACUAUUGGGGGCUGUACCGCAUGAAAAUUUCAGAGACGUUAUGUGUCAAGGUGAUAUUUAUUUACAUGCAAGUUUGACAGAAGCCUUUGGAACUGUUCUAGUGGAGGCUGCAUCAUGUGGGUUACUAAUUGUCACUACUGCUGUAGGUGGUAUACCUGAAGUAUUACCUCCUCAUAUGACAGUAUUUGCAAAACAAACAUCGGUAUCUGCGUUAGUAUCUGCAAUUAAUAAAGGUAUUGAGCUAAUUCGGACGAGAGCAGUUGAUACGUCGACUUUCCAUGAUGAAGUAACUGAGAUGUAUGAUUGGUCAGAGGUUGCUAAAAGGACGGUGUCUGUCUACGAAGACGUUUAUUAUAAUAUUUCUAAUGACGAAAAGAAUUGGGUAUAUAUGUUGAAACGAUUUUAUAGAAGAGAAGGGCUUUGGGUCAGACAUCUGCAUGCACUAUGUUGUGUAAUUGAUUAUAUGCUUUUCUUCAUAUUCGAAUGGCUUUAUCCAAGGUCAGAAAUCGAUAUAGCUCCGAAAUGGCCUUCAAAAGAGAAGAUAGAAAAAAUGACCAACGCUGAAACCUUUGUAGAAUGA